CUUCAAGGUGUCAGCAUCUCGGUUUGUUCGCAUCGAAUACUCUGGUUGAUUUCGCGCCUGGAAUCAAUCGCCUACAUAUGAUUAUAACUGGGCCCCAAGUCAUAGCAACGUCAAGUCCUUGUUUCCGAUCUAACUGCAUUUCUCCUACGCCUUUACAACCAUGGAGUGUUUUUGUACGCCGCAGGAGUUCUCCGAAACCGCUUGGGACUACAUUAUCGUGGGUGGUGGGACAGCAGGCCUCGUCGUCGCAUCUCGAUUAUCCGAAGACAGCAAUGUGAAGGUUGGUGUUAUCGAAGCUGGAGGACCAGUGUUCGACGAUCCUCGUGUCACUGUCCCAGGCCGCAUGGGCCAGACGAUUGGCACUGAACAUGAUUGGGCCUUCGAAACCAUCCCGCAGCCUGGUCUCAACGGCAGGACUCUUCCUUGGCCGCGAGGGAAAAUGGUUGGCGGUACGAGUGCCAUGAAUUUCAUGGUCUGGAACCGAGCUGCUCGAGAAGACUAUGACGGGUGGGAAAGUCUUGGUAACCCAGGUUGGGGUUGGGCCGGCCUCAAAUAUUAUUUCAUGAAAAGCGAGAGUCUGAAAAGACCCUCGGGGGCCAAUGCAGAAAAGUUCAAGUUCCUGGUCACUGAUGGUGAUCAUGGUAUUGCAGGGCCUGUACAAACGUCGGUCGGGGCCCAUCUCUCCGAGACGCACAACUACUGGCACGAUACCCUACAGAAACUCAACAUCGCCACGAAUGAGGCACACUUUGGCGGGUCGAAUGUGGGAGCUUGGACAUCGGUCGUUGCUGCUGACCCAAAGACAGCGACAAGGAGUUAUUCUGCGUCCGCGUACCUUCUCCCAAGCAGCCACCGCUCAAAUCUGAAAGUCUUGUCAGGCGCCCAAGUCGAGAAGAUCCUCUGGCAGCAAGGUACUACGUCGGCAGACAAGGUGGCAUGUGGUAUUGCGUUCAAUGCAGGCGGCGUCACACUGACGGCAAGCUGCACACAGGAGGUCAUCCUGUCUGGUGGGUCGGUAGGCUCGCCCCAUCUUCUAGAGCUCUCUGGGAUUGGCAGUCCCGAAAUCCUCAAGAAGGCGGGCAUUCAGGUCCAAGUAGCCAACCCCAAUGUCGGGGAGAACCUGCAGGAGCAUCCUAUGACGAUGGCGGUCUACGAAUUGUCCCCACACAUAAGUACUCCCGACGACUACGCCGAUCCAGAGUUCGAACGCAAGGCAUUCCAGCAAUACCAGGAAUCAAGGACAGGCUUGUACACAUCAGUACCAUCGUCUUUCGCCUACGUUCCUGUAUCCACAUUUGUCCCAGAAGCCUCGAAGCUAGCUGAGAAGGCACGCGAAUACGCGACCAGCCACCGCAAGUCGUCGAGGGAUUACCUGAUGAACCAGCUUCUGCAACACCAAUUCUUACCCAAGGCCAAUGUUGGUUCGGUCGAAUACAUCAUGGACCACGGCAACUUCAGUCCGGUGUUCAAGGGCGAGAAGGGCAAGAAAUACGCCACACUGAUGCAAGUCCUGCAAUACCCGUACAGCAGAGGCAGUAUACACAUAAACACCGCGGCGCCGAGCAGCAAACCAUUGAUUGAUCCAAAGUACUACGAAGGCGAAGGUGAGAUCGACUACGAAGUCAUGGUCGAAGCGCAAAAGUUUGGCGACAAAAUUUGUCGGACGUCUCCGAUGAACAGCAUUGUUGUCAAGCGUGUGUAUCCUCCGGAAGAGCCUGAAGUCGAUUGGAAUAGCUGGAUGGUGGAAAACACGAUCACAGAUUGGCAUCCUGUCGGCACGUGCUCGAUGUUGCCUCGCAAGAGUGGCGGUGUCGUGGACUCCAAUCUGAAAGUAUAUGGGACAACGAAUGUUCGCGUCGUUGAUGCGAGUAUUUUCCCGAUGCAAGUCUCUGCGCACAUCCAGGCUACAAUUUAUGCUGUGGCCGAGAAGGGCGCUGAUUGUAUCAAGCAAAGCUGGGAUUCGCCGCUGCGGGCGAGGCUGUGAGAAGGAUUUGCUUGCGACUUGCAUCAGUGAACCCAUGUAUAGCCUUCGUAGUCAUGAGAUGGUAGCGCGUCCCGAACCUUGUCCACGGACAUAGAAUCCAAUGAACAGCCCGUCGCAUGAUGUGUGACUUAUA